AUGCGGGAAUGCAUAUCCGUCCACGUGGGCCAGGCUGGGGUCCAGAUCGGCAAUGCCUGCUGGGAGCUCUUCUGCCUGGAGCACGGCAUCCAGGCCGAUGGCACCUUUGGCGCACAGGCCAGCAAGGUCCAUGAGGAUGACUCCUUCACCACGUUCUUCAGCGAGACCGGCAACGGGAAGCACGUGCCCCGGGCCGUCAUGGUCGACCUGGAGCCCACAGUGGUGGAUGAGGUUCGGGCAGGAACCUACCGCCACCUCUUCCAUCCAGAGCAACUGAUCACGGGAAAAGAGGAUGCAGCUAACAACUACGCCCGGGGCCACUACACGGUGGGCAAGGAGAGCAUCGACCUGGUGUUGGACCGCAUCCGCAAGCUGACAGACGCCUGCUCGGGCCUGCAGGGCUUCCUCAUCUUCCACAGCUUCGGGGGCGGCACUGGCUCGGGCUUCACGUCUCUGCUCAUGGAGCGGCUCUCCCUGGACUAUGGCAAGAAGUCCAAGCUGGAGUUUGCCAUCUACCCGGCCCCUCAGGUCUCCACAGCCGUGGUGGAGCCUUACAACUCCAUCCUGACCACGCACACGACUCUGGAGCACUCAGACUGCGCCUUCAUGGUGGACAACGAGGCCAUCUAUGAUAUCUGCCGGCGCAACCUGGACAUCGAGCGGCCCACGUACACCAACCUCAACCGGCUCAUCAGCCAGAUUGUGUCCUCCAUCACAGCCUCACUGCGCUUCGAUGGCGCCCUCAACGUGGACCUGACCGAGUUCCAGACCAACCUGGUGCCCUACCCCCGCAUCCACUUCCCGCUGGUUACCUACGCGCCCAUCAUCUCAGCUGAGAAGGCCUACCAUGAGCAGCUGUCCGUGGCUGAGAUCACCAGCUCCUGCUUUGAGCCCAACAGCCAGAUGGUGAAGUGCGACCCUCGCCACGGCAAGUACAUGGCCUGCUGCAUGCUCUACCGGGGGGACGUGGUGCCCAAGGACGUGAACGUCGCCAUUGCCGCCAUCAAGACCAAGAGGACAAUCCAGUUUGUGGACUGGUGUCCCACGGGCUUCAAGGUGGGCAUCAACUACCAGCCCCCUACGGUGGUCCCUGGGGGGGACCUGGCCAAGGUACAGCGGGCCGUGUGCAUGCUGAGCAACACCACGGCCAUCGCCGAGGCCUGGGCCCGCCUGGACCACAAGUUCGACCUCAUGUACGCCAAGCGCGCCUUCGUGCACUGGUACGUCGGAGAGGGGAUGGAAGAAGGCGAGUUUUCUGAGGCCCGGGAGGACCUGGCUGCCCUGGAGAAGGAUUAUGAGGAAGUGGGGACUGAUUCAUUUGAAGAAGAGAAUGAAGGGGAGGAAUUUUAA